CAGGCCUCCGAUUCAUUCGGCCAGGCAAAAUUUGGUCUUUGGCAACCAAACAGGCCCUCUCCAAACAUAGUUUCAGAACUCUGUACCCAAGGUGCAGGCGCGACAGGCGCCUCCACGCGGCGGCGAACAUGGCCGCGGCCCUCCGCCCCCUGCUCCGCCGGCACGCAGUUCUGGCGCCAUCUCCGAUGCUGCGCUCACUAUUCCCCUCGCCAUACUCCAAGGCCGCCGCCACCGCCGCCGCCGCCAGACCCCCAUCCGUGUGCCACGCGCCCCUGCCGCCUCCCCUUCUGAGGGAGGUUACUCCAAGAAGGGCUCCUCCAAUUCCAAAGGGUGAACCACGCCGCUGCACUGCUGUUCAAAGUACCUUGAGUGACAGUACAAAGUCGUUGCUGGAUAAACUGAAGGAUCUCAAGGACAGUAAGAAGUCACUGGAAGACAUGAGCAAGAAUGUUAAGGAGCGUAUGGAAAUGAUAAAGAAAGCGGUGCAUGACGCUAGGGUUGCUACUGCUAUGUUUAGGGUAAGGCUGGAUGACCUUAGGAAACUUCAUGACAAAAUACGUGAUGGCCGAGAGGAUUCUGCCAAAAUGAAUGCAAUAUACCGCAGAUUGGAGGAUGAAUAUGACAGAGAUUGGGCCAUUCAUGAGUCUAAGCGUCGCUUGAUUGACGAGCAGAUGAAAAUGUUAAGGAAGGAGAUAGAUGACUAUAUCAAUGCUUUGAGGGGGUGUCAUGAAUUGCAAAUAUCCAUCCUGAAGCAUGUGGAGGAGGCGGAGAAGGCGGAGAAGGUAGAGGGGGCGGAAACCAUGGAGAAGGUGAGGAAGGUUGUAAAAGUGUGUGCCACUGCUGGCCUCAUGGGAGGGCUUCUGCUGAUACUGGGAAAGAUCUAGAUUGGUUUUGUGUAGAACUGAGAUGACAGAUGUGACUAGGCUGAGCUGGUAUCUGGAGUAGCAGAGUAACAUUUUUUUUUUUCUUGGUUUUUCUCUGUGUGCCGUUGUAAUGGUGCCUUCGUGGGAAGGCUUGCCCUGAUACUAGCAAAGAUCUGGAUUAGAGCAACAUGGAGUGCUUUUUUUUGUUUAGAACUGAGUGGCCAGAUGACUAGGUGAGCUGGUAUUUGGUGUAGCGCGGUAGCUAUUGACUGUUUCCUUGGUUAGUAGUCUUAUAUGUGCCAUUUGCGGUGCUUGUUAGAACCUGCAAGAGAAGCUAAGAGGAAGCCAAGUGAUGGGAUUGUUAUACUGCACUGCAGUUGUCUCUAUGUAACACUAGAAUACAAGUCAUUUUAUGCACCCUGAAGGCUUGACUGAGAAAAGGAUGUGUUGGUCUUGGAA